UUAUUUAUUCCAUUUGAGGAAGUGAGAGCGAUAACACAGCAACAAAAUGCGCUUUAUAAUAUUAAUAUUAGGUUUAGUUCUUCACAUAGCAUGUGGCCAAUACCAUCAAUCCUCCGCUUCGGUGGGUGUAAAUUUUGGAAAUAUCUCGCCACCACAUAUGACGGGCGGUGCCAUGGCCUCAUCGCAAAGCGAACAGGAUAAACCACGAACACGACGCAUGUAUGCCAUGUGUCCGCCAUCUUUCCAACGCAUCGGCACCGAAUGUUUUUCAUUGUCUCAACACCAGGGUAGCUGGCUGGAGGGCCAUUUCUUUUGCAAAGAUAAAAAUGCCCGCCUGGCCGAACCGGAAAAAUAUGCAAAUCGUAAAUUGCGACAAUUUUUAUUGCAAAAUGAUGCAAAUACGGAUCCCAUAUGGAUUGGCGCCACAUACGAUUGGGUCAACAAAAUGUGGCAAUGGAGUAUUAGCGGACGCAAUUUAACAUUUAAUGAUUUUUAUGAUAAAUCAACAGAACACACUAUGGAAAAUCAUUGCGCAGUAUUUGAUCCUCAAUAUAAAUAUAGGUGGUCAUCGAGAUCAUGUGUGGACAAACAUCGUUUCAUUUGCCAACAUAAAAUGCCCAAGGUUAGCGAAAAGAAUCGCCACAAGGUCUACAAUCGCUGGAAUGCCACCUAUCCCAAUCAAUUGGCUAAUGAAGUUAUUUUGGAGGUGAUCGAUCGUAAAGGAAGAUACAAUCGUCGUGUCAUUGCCGAUGGCAGUAAUGAAGAAAUGGUUGUCCCAACACGUCCCGGUAGCCACAAUCGUCGCCGUCGUCCACGACCUCAACGACCCACCGCCGUGCCCAGUGAAAAUGAUGUCAACUACCAAUCUCCCCAGCCCAUUAGACAUCAACGUGUUCGCCCAACCACCUCCACCACAACUCCUUACCCCUACAGCGUAGCCUCCUCCCUACCAAAUAAUAGUGACAAUGAAAUACUGACACCACAUCAGGCGGUCACACCAACUCCUGCCAAUGCCCAAAAACGUAAAAAUACAAACGUCCGAACCAAAUUGGAUCGCGAAUUGGAACGUCAACGCCAAAAGGAAUUGCGUCGUAUGCAACGCAAAAAGGAACGCCAGGAGAAGAAACGCCGCGAAAAGGCUGAAACCUUGAGAAAAAUGCGCGAACAAAGGGAACAAGAAAAGCGUAAAAUGCACGAAGAAAAGAUGAGACAAAAACAAUUGAUGCAACAACAACUAGAACAACAAAGACAAUUGGACCAAAUUCGCCAAAAAGAAAACGAGGCCGAACAACAGAGACAGCAACGUGAAAAACAAUUGGAGGACACACAACAGAAGAGCAAAUUGCAAGAAAUCGAAUCCUUGAAGAAGCAGCGCGAAGAAGAAGAACGCAAACGUUUGGAAGAUGAGGCGGAGGAGCGUAGACGUCAAGCUUAUUUGGAAAAAAUGCGCGAAUUGGAGGAACAAGAGAGAGCCAAAAUCGAAGAGGAACGUAAAAAAGAACUAGAAAAGAAAAUGGAAGAAGCCCGCAAACAGGAAGAAGAACGUAAGCGUUUGGAGGAAGCCAAGCGUAAAGAAUACGAAGAGCGUCUGAAACAAGCUGAAGAUGAAAGGGCACGCCAGUUGGCCGAGGAACAAGAACGCAGACGUUUGCAGGACGAAGCUAAUCGCCGUCAAAUCGAAGAGGAACAAAAACGCAAACAAGAAGAAGAACGCAGACGUCUAGAUGAGGAGGAGGAACGUUUAAGAUUACAACGACUGGAGGAAGAGAGACGCGUUGAGGAACAAGAGUUAGCUCGCCUGCGUGAAGAACAAAGAAAACGGGCCGAAAUCGAACGUAAACGCGAAGAACAAAUCAAACGCUUGGAGGAGGAACAAAAACGUAUUGCCGAAGAAGAAGCACGCAUUAAAUCGGAACUGGAAGAGGCGGAGAGACAACGUAAACUCGAAAUGGAAAUGGAAGCUAAACGGGCCGAGGAAGAAGCCCGUGCAAAAGAAGAAGAACUUAAACGCCGCGAAGAGCAAGAGGAACGCGAUCGUUUGGCCAAAAUCGAACAAGCCAAACAAAUAGAAGAGUCGCGCAAAGAACAAACCAAAAACGAAGUUAGUAAUAAUUUCAGAAAUCGUUUGGCCUCCCUGUCGCCGGAAUUGUUAAAGGAAUUCAUGGAGAAACGAAAACAACGUAAAUUGCAAAAAAUGAGAGAAGAGAAGGCGAGACAGGAGGCAUUAGCAAAUGGUUCAGCAUAA